AAGAAGUAGAAUAAGAAAAAGAAUAGAGGUGGAAAAGCUGCCGCUGAAAAAGUGUUAAAUGUUAUGUUUUAGGUGAAAUUCAAAGUAAACGUUUGUAGAAAAAGCAGUGCCAUGGACGAGCAGCCGCCGAGAGUGUGAAUUACUCCUUAUUAUAUACCAUUUAAAAACUGGAUUUACCUGGAUAAAAUAACAAAAGCAGCAACAUAUGCCCUGAGGCGAAGGCAGUAGUUUAGGCGAACGAUAGCGCAGGAUUGAAGCAGGAUUGAAGCAGGAUCAAACAACGAUUGUGUGGAUAGCAGAAACUUUGGGUGCUGCCAGUGGGCUGUUUUGGGCGGGUGCUCUUAUCGGCCUGCUUUAGGCUUCCCAUGCUCACCGCUGCGAUAAGAGCGAGGCGGAUCUGCCCGUCCAGGGAGCACUCAGACUCGGACUCGGCAACAUGGGCUGCAUCACCAGCACCAGCAAGCUGAACGAACUGCGUGGCCACGAGAAUGUGUUCCGUGUGCGGGUGGCCCAUCUGCAGCCCACUCCGGGCACGCCCGUCAUUCGCAGCGGCUACCUGGAGCUGACGCCACGCGAACUGAUCUUCCAGACGCCCGGAUGCGAGCCUAUUGUGUGGGCCCUGCAGCAUCUUCGGCGUUAUGGCCUAAAUGGCGACCUCUUCUCCUUCGAGGCAGGUCGCAGGUGCAUGUCCGGACCGGGUAUCUACACGUUUCGAGUGCACAAUGCCGAGGAGCUGUACCCAAUGUUCCAGCGAUACAUUAACGCUGUCAACACGGACGCCUUUGCGCAAGUGGAGCGCGAGCGGGUAAACUCUGCCCACUCGGUGUCCGUGAUGAUGGGCGGCGGCCGGUCGGAGGGGAAUCCGCAGGGCAACAACUACCUGGAGCCGGCUCCCCUGAUUAGCCGCCAGCUGGGCAGCUCCCACAGUGAGUCUUCAAGCGCCAGUGCAUCAGUACCGCUGCCACUGAAUGAUGUGGCUCUGGAAGAUUGUCCGCCCAACUUACUAUCCCCUCUCCUAAUGCCCAACUCUUGUGCGGACCAGCCGUUGCGUGUUCUGCAGGAGUGCUGCAAGGAUGCACAAUCAGCCAUGGAUCUGCUGGCCACCCCACCGUCAGGCAAUCGAUUAAGCAUGCGGAGGCGCACACUCGACCUGCCGCCGCAGGAGUCCGCCCCGCCGCCCGCUCCGGUAUUGAGUCCUUCCAACAACGAAGCCAUUCACAUGUACGCCAAUGUGGAUACGCUGAUCUUCGAUCUGAGCAACGAACGCUGCUACGAGAACGUGAGUAGAUUGGAACUACCCUUGCCACUGUCGCGGGAACCUGUGGCCGCUAGCCAGGAACCGGCCACGCCCACCAGUUUGGCAGGGAGCAGUGGCGUUAACUACAUUGUCCUGGAUCUGGACCAACCAAAAAGUCCAGCUGCUCCGGCGGGCUCUCCCAAGGCGACGUUCAACGGUUUCGGGAGCGGACUCUCUUUGGUCUCCACGCCCGCACCACCUGUGACAGCUCCUGUGACCCCGGAGGCAAGUGCUGUUCUGGAGGUGCCACCACCUCCGCCGAUUCAAUCCAAAAGCCUGAGCAGCGUGAGUGCAUUGGCGACCACUGAGGGAGGAGAAUCACCGGCGAACAAGAAAGUCGAAUCGACCGGAACACAAGGUUACUCCACCAUCGACUUUAUCCGCACCUACGCACUAAACAAGUCGUCGACCGAGAUGCCGGAUCUGGUGACGCAUCGCCAGCAUCCGGCGCACGACGAGGAGUUGCGGAUUACUAGGCACAGCAAGUGCAUAAGGAAGGCGUACUCGAUCAGUGAAUGAGGGUAAGGAGCACUUCGAAUUUACAGAAAGCGGAAAGGUGUCACAUCGGCUGUAAAGGUAUCUCUGAUAUCAAAGAGACGUGGGGAAAAUUCAAGGUUGUAGUAUUCGUUUUCGUAAGCUAAAGGCAGCCUAAAAGUCAUCUUCUAAGAAAAGUCAAGUCCACUUUUCGCUCACAAAUUAUGCAUUAAAGAUCGGGGAAGAACUUAAAAAGUAACUGGUAUCAGCCCUUGACGGUUGAAUUGCUAACCUUCCUAAAGGCCCCUUUGAUUUUGAUUUUUAGAUAGAGAAGGAGCUUGACUUAAACUUUUAUAUAAAAGCAAAUCCACCAAAGAAAGGCUUAAAUAUUUUUACAUAUAUGGAGAUAAACUCAGAGAAUUUACCAUGAUGAAGUGGGAGCAAAAAAAUGAUAUACAAGUUAAGAUAUCAUUUUUAUAAAAAUCAAACAAUUUCGGAUAUAUAAACCAGACAUUUUAAAGGGAUAUUCCGUUUGCAAACUAAAGAAAAAGUAAAACCGAUGUGGAAUUAAAGGAACGUUUGUGGUAAAGUUAAAACUGAGGAGCUAAUAAGAUGUCUCAUGUAUGAUUUAGGUGUCAACCUUAGGAAUUCCAUUUGCAGGGGUGAAGAAAUAGAAAUUGCAUUACCGUUGCCACGUAAAGUUUCGCGUAUAGUUAAAAUACGUAAUAUUUGGAUGGAGUUCCAAAUUUCUUCUUGAGCACAACGAAUUUACUGCAAUCGAGACGGGGAAAAAGAAGUGUAGAAGCGGUGAUUGUAGUAAAAUGAAAAUCGAAGAGUGAUUUAUAUACCAAAUUUGGUUUUAAUUUUUUCCAAAGGGCCAAACAAUAAAAACAUGAAAUAAUAACAAUAAUAUAGUCAUGUUGCUUGAGUAGUCAGUACAGCAGAAAUCGCACAGCCAUAAACCCAGAUAUGACAUGGAAAUACGUACUUAAUUAGUUCUUAAUUUAAACAUAUUGACAUAUAGUUGUAGUUAUACUUUGUAUACUUGCCAGCGGCUGUUUAGAGCUAGUCAUUUUUGGAUUAUUGUGCUAAUUAAUAAUAGUGAGCAACACGAAUGGCUUUUAACAUUAUUGCAGUGUAUAAGGGUAGGUCCUAAGUACCAAUAUAUACAUCACCUGCAUACAUUCAAGCAUUAUUUAUGUAGGUUUGUUGUCGGCAAACGGGCUUUGAAAUAGUAUUUUGUUGCCAUAAAUACAGAAAUGAAGAAAACAAUGUUAGAGAGCAUCGCGUUGCAUUGUCCACUGUGAGGUUCUAAUUUUUUAUAGUAUAUAUUAUAUAUCCCUGAAUUGUUAUUAAAGUUGUUGGGAAUUGUAUACACAGCGAUGGCCACAAGGAGCUUUUGUCCCAUAAAAAUAAGGUGAGUGAGUAGUGAAGCGAAGGUUUUUGCAGUUUGCUUACAUUUACAUACAUAAACGAAAUUAUUGUUAGUGUCUAAGACGAAAUAUGUGCAAUAAAGCUCAAAACGACACCAUAAAGGCUGCGUUUUAAUGCGAGAAAAUAUA